CACAUCUUCCACGUGUCGGACUUCGACGCCAUUGACAAGAUCCGGGGCACGCUGCGGCGCCGCCUGUGCGAAAACGUGCUCUGCCCCAGCGUCCGCGUGGAAGGAGAUCGCUUUAAGCACACCAAUGGCGGAACCAAGGAAAUCACAGGUUUUGACCUGAUGGAUCUGUUCAGCGUGAAGGCGAUCUUGGGGAAGAGGGAGACCGGAGCGCAGAGUUCCUAUGUCCGGAUGGGCGCCUUCCCUGUGGUGCAGAGGACCGAGGAUGUGUUCCCACAAGGUUUGCCUGACGAGUAUGCCUUUGUCACCACCUUCCGGCUCAGGAAAACAUCUCGGAAAGAGGACUGGUACAUCUGGCAGGUCAUCGACCAGUACGGCAUCCCGCAGGUGUCCAUCCGGCUGGACGGCGAGAACAAGGCCGUUGAGUACAACGCUGUGGGCGCCAUGAAGGAUGCCGUCAGGGUGGUCUUCCGAGGUCCCCGGGUCAAUGACCUCUUCGACCGGGACUGGCACAAGGUGGCCCUGAGCAUCCAGGCGCAGAACGUCUCCCUGUACAUUGACUGUGCGCUGGUGCAGACGCUGCCCCUGGAGGAGAGGGAGAACAUCGAAAUCCAGGGCAAGACCGUGAUCGGCAAGCGUCUCUACGACAGCGUGCCCAUCGACUUUGACCUCCAGCGGGUUGUGAUCUACUGUGACUCCCGACACGCAGAACUGGAGACUUGCUGUGACAUCCCGUCGGGUCCGUGCCAGGUGACCGUCCUGACGGAGCCCUCACCCCCACCCCAGCCGCCUCCCACCUCUGGCAGUGAACAGAUCGGACUUCUGAAGACCAUCAACUGCUCCUGCCCACCUGGAGAAAAGGGCGAGAAGGGCUUCGACGGCCCCAUGGGACUCCCCGGCCCGAAGGGAGACGUGGGAGCCACUGGGCCGGUUGGAGCUCCUGGGCCCAAGGGAGAGAAAGGAGAUGCGGGCAGAGGGCCUUUUGUCCAAGGAGAGAAGGGUGAAAAGGGUUCCCCGGGCCUGCCCGGUCCCCCUGGGAGAGACGGCCCCAAAGGCAUGCAGGGGGAGCCGGGAGAGCCGGGACUGCCUGGUGAGGUGGGCAUGCGGGGAUUCCAAGGACCACCCGGACUCCCCGGACCUUCCGGACCCGUCGGCGCUCCUGGUCUCCAUGGAGAGCGCGGUGAAAAAGGAGCCCAAGGAGAAAAGGGGGAUCGAGGUCUGGAUGGAUUCCCUGGGAAGCAGGGGGAGACCGGAGAGCAGGGAAGAGCCGGCCCUCCCGGCGUGCCAGGGCCCCAGGGAGAGAAGGGGGCUGUGGGGCCCGUAGGACCUCCUGGUGUGCCGGGCGCUGUGGUGCAGAGAGAGGGCCUGAAGGGUGAGCAGGGAGCCCCAGGACCACGAGGUCACCAGGGUCCACCCGGGCCACCAGGAGCUCCGGGGCUUACGGGUCCGGAAGGCAAGGAUGGACCUCCUGGUUUGCAAGGUCUCCGAGGGAAGAAAGGUGAGACGGGCCCUCCUGGAACCCCUGGACUGCUGGGGCCGCAGGGCCCCCCAGGACCACCUGGCCUCCCAGGCCCCCCCUGGACCCGGAGGCCCGCCGCUCUUCGGGGCAGGCUGGGACCACCAGGGAAGGACGGGCUGGACGGACCCCCAGGCCUGCCGGGACCCAAGGUUGGUGUGAGUCUGGGCACUCGAAACACGGAAGCCAAAGAGAUUUUUGAUUGUUCGGGAAUUCGGAAGCAUGGUGAAGUUGGGGAGCGGGGCCUGGCAGGCCGACCCGGAGAGAAGGGAGAGGCGGGGCUCCCAGGUUCUCCGGGAUUCCCAGGCGUGCAGGGAGAGAAAGGAGAACAGGGAGAGAAGGGGGAGCGGGGGCUCCCGGGACUGAAAGGUGACCGAGGAGAAAAGGGUGAUGCUGGCCCAGCCGGCCCCCCUGGCUCACCUGGAACUACGUCCCUCUUCACGCCACACCCGAGACUGCCAGGAGAGCCAGGGCCCAAAGGAGAGAAGGGCGAUCCCGGCGCGCCUGGGGACCCGGGACCACAGGGUCAUCCUGGAGAACUGGGGCCUCGGGGACCCACUGGACCACCGGGUGCCAGGGGCCAAGAAGGUGCACAGGGGACGCCCGGAGCAGCUGGGAACCCCGGCGCUCCUGGACCUGCAGGUCCCAGUGGCCCCCCAGGAAGUGCGGGCCCCCCUGGCAUCAGAGGCCCCCCUGGGAAGGAUGGCGAGCGCGGGGAGAAGGGAGCCGUGGGAGAAGAAGGGAGCCCAGGGCCAGCUGGCCCCAGGGGCGACCCCGGAGCCCCUGGGCUCCCCGGGCCACCUGGAAAAGGGAAAGAUGGAGAGCCGGGGCUUCGUGGACCACCUGGGUUACCUGGGCUUCUAGGAACCAAGGGAGACCGCGGUGCACCUGGGACCCCUGGCUCUCCUGGCAGCCGCGGAGACCCGGGCGUUGGGGCUGCUGGCCCUCCUGGCCCUUCUGGACCGCCAGGAGAGAAAGGGCCUCCGGGAUCUCGAGGCCCCCCUGGAUUCCCAGGCCCCCAGGGACCAGCCGGCCAGGAUGGUAUACCAGGAAAUCCAGGAGAGAGAGGGCCUCCUGGCAAACCAGGACCCUCUCCACUACUGUCUCCAGGGGACGUAAAUCUCUUGGUUAAGGACAUGUGCAAUGACUGCCCCCCUGGCCCCCCGGGCCUCCCUGGUCUGCCAGGUUUUAAAGGGGACAAAGGUCUCCCAGGAAAGCCAGGGAGAGAAGGCGCAGAAGGGAAGAAGGGAGAUGCUGGUCCCAGAGGCCUCCCAGGGCCCCCAGGAAUAGCUGGACCACAGGGAAGUAAAGGAGAGCGUGGUGCAGAUGGUGAGACUGGGCAGAAAGGCGAUCAGGGUCAUCCAGGAGUUCCAGGUUUCAUGGGGCCCCCAGGGAACCCAGGGCCACCGGGAGCAGAUGGAAUUGCGGGAGCUGCUGGACCGCCAGGAAUCCAAGGACCCCCAGGGAAAGAAGGUCCUCCAGGCCCCCAAGGCCCCUCUGGAUUACCUGGCAUCCCAGGAGAAGAAGGCAAAGAGGGCAGGGAUGGAAAACCAGGGCCCCCUGGAGACCCGGGCAAAACAGGAGAGCCGGGGCUGCCAGGACCGGAGGGCGCCCGAGGUCCCCCUGGCUUCAAGGGACACACGGGCGAUUCUGGCCCCCCUGGCCCCCGAGGAGAGCCUGGUGCCAUGGGGCCCCCUGGCCAGGAAGGGUCACCAGGAAAAGACGGUGACAUGGGACCCACAGGGCCACAGGGUCCCCAAGGACUGAGGGGCCUGCCGGGUAAGAACGGACCGCCUGGCUCUCCAGGAGACCCUGGCGCUCCAGGAAACCCCGGCCAGAAGGGCACCAAGGGAGAACACGGCAGCCCAGGACUCCCUGGCUUCCUGGGUCCCCGUGGGCCUCAGGGAGAGCCCGGGGAGAACGGAGUCCCGGGCAAGGAGGGGGCCCCUGGGAAGCCUGGAGAGCCAGGACCCAAAGGAGAAAGGGGAGAUCCUGGCAUCAAAGGUGACAAAGGACCUCCUGGUGGGAAGGGCCAGCCUGGGGACCCUGGAAUCCCAGGCCACAAAGGUUAUACAGGCCCAAUGGGCCCCCCAGGGCCACCUGGGGAGAACGGGCCAGUCGGGCCUCCGGGGCCUCCGGGCCAGCCAGGAUUUCCCGGACUGAGGGGGGAGUCUCCAUCCAUGGACAUCCUGCGGCGGCUCAUCAGAGAAGAACUUGAGAAACAGCUGGAAACCAAACUCGCCUACCUCCUGGCCCAGAUGCCCUCCGCGCACGUGAAGGCCACCCAAGGCCGACCCGGGCCCCCCGGGCCGCCUGGAAAAGAUGGGCUUCCAGGUCGGGCAGGCCCCAUGGGGGAGCCAGGACAGCCUGGGCAAGGGGGUCUGGAAGGACCCUCUGGACCCAUGGGUCCCAAAGGUGAGCGAGGAGCCAGAGGUGACCCAGGUGCCCCUGGAGUCGGCCUCCGGGGCGAGACCGGCCCCCCCGGAAUCCCAGGUCAACCCGGGGAACCUGGCUAUGCUAAAGAUGGGCUCCCCGGCAGUCCCGGCCCUCAAGGGGAGACAGGACCAGCUGGACACCCUGGCCCCCCAGGCCCUCCCGGCCCCCCUGGCCAUUGUGACCCCUCCCAGUGUGCCUACUUCGCCAGCCUCGCUGCUGCCCAACCUGGGAAUGUGAAGGGUCCCUAGAAGAUUCUGGAAUGCCAGGAGACGGCGGUGGAUUUGUGAAACUUGAACUCAGAGCCCAAUGGGAAGCCAGAGGUCUUAAAGCAUUUCAGCCAUGUGUUUUUUCUUUCUUUCUUUCCUUUAUCAUUGGUUUUUGUUUUAUUUCCUUAAGAGACCUCAAGAUUAUUAAAACCAACAGAUGCUGCCGGUCGGUCAGAUUAAGAUUAAUAUUAUUAUUAUUGUUUAUUAUUAUUAUUAUUAUAAUUAUUAUUAUUAUUAUUUCAUAUGAUAAUGCUUUUCAAGUUUUCCCCUCUCCUCUAAAGUUGGGAAAACUUGAUUUUUGAGGAGUGGAUUGUCACUUGUUCUCCUGACAGCCCCCAUUUGGAAGUGUAGCUGCCAAUUUUAAGGAAACUCUUGGUGCUAUGAAACCCUGCCAGUCACUUGCCAAAUGUACCUCUUUCCUCAAAAGGAAACUUUAAGAAAAUGAGACAAUAGCCUUCUAUUCUUCGUUGUGCCCAGAGGUCGCCCAGGGAGAAAUUAUCCACAAGUCGUUACUUCCCAGGAGAGAGAAGUGAAGCAGAAAGAAGAAAAAAUUUGUAGCCACGUGGAAUGUUCUCUCCUCCUGAUGGAAAGCGCACAGAGCAGAGCUCAGAAUCCGUCCUUGGGGAGCAGACUUGGCCACCUCAGGGUUUCAGACCUGCAGAAGCGAAAUUAUGUCACAUGGCUGGCAACAGCGUCGCAGAAUGCUAUGGCUGGGCCCAAAAUGGGGCGUCUGGUGUGGAAAGCAGCCCCUGGGCGCUCAUCUGGCGUCUAAGCCAUGGAAAGGACCCCUCCCAGCUCCUCGCGGUUGGUGUCACUCAUUUUAAUUUUAAAGCAAGGAGGUCCAGAGACCCAUGUGCUCGCCUCACAGUGGGCAGUUGGCCGGGGUGCUGGCCAGGGCUGGGAAGUCUGGGCCUCCAGCUCCCAUCUCUGAGACAAACCGCAUCGAGCCUGUGUGUAAGCUCCGCCCGGCACAGACAGGUGCUCAAUAAAUCCGAGUUUCCUGCUCCUCGGU